GAUGCCAAAAAAGAUGAAGCAGCGAGAAAAGCUUAUAAAUACCUAGCAGCAUUACAUGAGAGUUGUAAUCAACUUAUCAAAACAGUUGAAGAGACUGGUACUAUUAAGCGAGAAAUUAGAGACUUGGAAGAUCAGAUCGAUAAUGAAAGUAAUAAGAAGACAAUCACUAAUCUGGAAAAAAUCACAGCGGAUUAUAAACAAAUGAAAAAAGAGAAUGAAACACUGAUAGCUAAAGUCAAAGAAAGCAAAGCAUGAAUGAAGAUACUGUCACCAAGUAUGGUCCAGUAAUAGGUUUUAAGCAUUUUAGCUGAAUUUGGAGUUUGGUAUUCAGUGGACCCCUUAGUGUACUCAUUCAGAGAUUACAAGGUGGUUUUGUCUAUAAGAUGCAUGUACUUUUAUUUUUCAAGGAAUAAGAAAUACAUUGAAAAUUAGAAUUCAACUGUUUAUAAAUGCUCUUUUUAUUACUACACUUAUAUUAAAAUAUGUUUGAAUAUUUAGAGUAGUAACAAAUUCUUACUUCUGGUCCAGUUACCAUGAGCAUUUACUUUUUAGAUAGAUGUAUAUGCUAUGACGUGAAACAGUUUUUAUACUUCACAUGUUUAUUUGCCUUCAAUUACAUUUAGUGGUUGUCACUACCGUCCCUAAAAUCUUGUCGAUAAUGUUUUGGUCCCAAUUAUACAUAGCUAUUGCCAAGGAAAUUCAAAAAACUUUGUUGUUUCAAUGGGUAAAAAAAUAAUUACAUUUGUACCAUAACAAUGUUUUUGACCUUUGUCACCAUUUUUAAUUAUCCUUGACUUUUCCCAUGCCAGAGUGAAUUAGCUUACAUUAUGAAGAAUUGUUCCCAGAGAGUCUGUAAUAAAAAUGAAUCCAUGUCCUCAAUAAAAA